AAUGAUGAUAAUGAUGAAGAAUCUAGAAACAUCAAUAAUCCUUAAAAGCAAUCAAUCAAUAGUUCCUAGCUUUUAUUAAACUCCAAACCACAGACGAAUCUUUAAAAUGACUUGCAAAUGCUAUUGAGCAAAUUGGUUAGUAACCCAUGAAUAGCUGAAAUUUUUAAGUUCUUACAAGAUUCUAUGAAUAGGACAAACAUGUUCAUCCAUGAUUAUAAAUUAAUUGUAAUUCUUUAUUGGCAAUUACCAUUUACGGAGCCUACGAGACUCAUGGACACAAAGCUUCCAUGCUAUAAACUCAUUCAAUAGGACAGUUUUGACGUAAUUAUUUAAAUUAUUUAGCUUUAAUUAAAUUUUAUGACUUAAAUUUAUAUUACAAGCGAUAAUUGCUGUCACAUUUAUUAAAUGAUUUACGAUUUACAACUGUAAAUCUUACAUGAAUUUGAUUUCAUAACCUAAAACUGCUCUUAUGCACUAUACUAACAGUCCCUAUUCUUGUAACCAAUCAUAUGGUUUUGUGUUAUUCAUUGUAAUCAUUCGGUGUGUUUUGGUGUUUUCACUAAUAAAGUUAAUGAUUAAGUUUUCCAGUUUGCUAAUUUGAUCUUUUUAAAAGAUUUGUGUUUUUUCUCAGUAUCACCAGAACCGAAUCGAGGUUUGGUUUUCUUAACCACCCUGACUCUAAAUCUGUUUUUUUGGUUUCCAACUGGGAGAUGAACCUCAAUGAAGCGUCAUUGGAAAAGAAGCUCAACUCUUGUGUAAACACUCAGGACAGUAUUCAAUCAUUAUCGUUAUGGAUACUUCAUCAUAAAAGUUACCACAAACGGAUUGUCCAACUAUGGGUGAAAGCUUUAGAAAAAGGUAAAAUUUCUCAUCGAUUGACGCUAUUUUAUCUGGCCAAUGAUGUUGUCCAACAUGCAAAAAAGAAAAAUAUACCCGGUUAUUUACAAGAUUUCGAAGAUGUCCUUAGAGAGGCUAUCCUUUUGGUCAAAGAUGAAAAAAUAAGACCGAAUAUCAACCGUGUUCUCAAUAUAUGGCAAGAGAGAAAUAUUUAUCCUCUCGAAUUUGUGGACGAGCUUCGUGCGCUGUUAGUGGGUUCUUCAAUAGCAAAGGCAGCUUCUGCCUCCAAAAUUGUCGCGGAGUUCAAACUAUCUCAACUUAUUGAUAAAAUAAAGCGAUCUAAAAAAAUUGAAGCUGUAACUAAACAAAAAAUCGAAGCCGUUAACUCAUCACGGAUAGAUGCUCUCAGCAAAGAAGUAUUAAAUAAUUUAAAAGAUAAAAGUCAUGGCGAACAAUAUAGUAAAGACUUUGACGAUGCAACUAAAUUAAUGGAAACUUUGGUGACCACAUUGGAGAAGGAAAUUGCAAUUCGAAAUGAUCUCAUUGAAUACCUUGAAAAAAGUGAAGUUUUUUAUGAAACUCAGAAAGGUGAAGCUAAAAUUGUCGCAAAUGCGUAUAAAAACUUUGCUCAAAGAGUUAAAAGUGUUGCGAAAAAAUUGACUGAAUCAAAAACAUCCUUACCAUCACCUAUACCAUCUCCAUCUACUGAUGCACCGUCACCGACAAACUCUGAUGAUGGUCCACAAUUACCUGGAGCAGAAGGAACAAACGGUCAACCUAGUAGUCUAGAUAAAAGAUUAUCAAACCUUAUGCAAGGAAUGCCGUUAGUACCAAACAGCUCUGUUGCCCCACCAGUUGAGCCAGUGUAUGCUCAUCCAGCUCCUGCUGCGCUACCACCUGCUUUACAGGCUGCGAUCGGAAUUAAUCCAGCUCUUGCAUCAACGCUUGAUUGGACGGCACUGGGAGCUUCUCAGCCACCAUUGCAAUCAACUCUUCAACUAGCAUCAACAUUACGGCCACCGCCGCCACCACCACCUCCGCCUCUACCUCCAUUACCAAAUAUUGGAGACCCUCUUAGUAUGGUUGGUAUUCAACAACCUCCUCCACCACCACCACCGCCGCCUCCACCAAUUCCAACCGUUGGAGCUGCAAUAUUACCUCAGGAAAUUUAUCAAACCUAUGAAUAUGAUUAUUAUAAUCAAAUAAAUCAAGUUGCCCUGGCAAGUAUGGUCUCAGGUGAUCUCUAUAAAGCUGAAAAUGAAACAGUACAACCUAUUCAAGCGGUGAUCUCUUCGAGAACAGAUUCCGAGAUACCAACUGAGUCGUACAAACCGACUUUACCAAUCGCACCUAUUCAAUAUGAUGGCUACCUAGCUAGUCAACAGUCUCAUGAAAAUUUUGAACCUUCAGAUAUGGAACUUGGCAAUUCAGAUGACGAAGAACCUGUUUCUCGUGUUCAAAGUCAACGAUUUUUAAAAAUUAUCGAAACUCAAAACUCAGGAGGAUUUGAAGAGGAGCAACUUAAUUCAGGUUCAUCAAUGAGCCAAUUAGUUGGCUCUGAGAGUCUCAACCAAGUUUCUAAUAACUCACCUCAUAAACAAUUUGACCCUAGAAAUCAAAGUAAUAACCGUUCUCGCUUGACACCAUCAAGGCAUCAUCAUCAUUCGUCCAGAGAUAAUCGUAAUAUGGAACCUCGAUGGAUGAGCCCAGGAAGACCAAACUCGCAAUACUCUGGACAUCCACCCAACUCUUAUCACACAGCUCCAAAUAGACAUUGGAAAACACCAUCACACGGCUCUCGUGGCUCUUUCAAUCGUCGCUUUUAGAUAAAUAUUUGAUAAAAGUGAGCUGGCAAACCAAAUAUCUUGUCAAAAUUUUCUUAAAGCUAUGAUAAAAAAAGAGGAAAAUAAACCAUUCUCGUCAUCCAUCGUUCAUGAUAUUAAUAAUACAAAAGAGCAUGAAAAAAUUUCCAUUUAAAACAACUCAAUGAAGGUUCUGUUACCCAAGCCAAUCAAUUUUCAUCUAUAAAUAGCCAUAACAAAAUCAUCAAUCGGAAUUACUUGUUGAGUUGUUUUCACUUUUUUCUAGACCUGGUUCAUCGUUUCAUCUUUAUAAUUUCCUUACUCCUUCCCUUUUCUCAUGUACCUUUGCUCAUGUUGUUAACUAAAAGCUCCUAACUGAGUAAAACGUCGUCAUUGUCAUUGAUAUUAUUAUACACUGAAUCAUAAUCAUCAUCAUCAUCACCAUCAUCAUUUUCACUAACUUCAUUUAUUGUUCGGUUUUCUUAGCAAGUUGAGGAAGCUGAAAAUCUAUGUAACUCGAUUGAUCGAUUUAAGCAAGAUGGGCUUGGACCAAGUUUAAAUUGUUGUACAAAUUACUUUUCACAAAAAAAAAUGAAACUGUUAUUUUCAUUUUAACAGCUAUUGCAUUCACUUUCUCUCCUCCACUUUCCCUCUCUCCAAAUUAAUACCUCAAACCUCUUGAAUCUUCAUCCAUCUUUGUAGUACUCCCAUGCAAUACAAACUUAUGAGCGUGUACAAAUAAAUUAAUACUGAAAUUUA